CCCCUCUCUUCUUCAAUCGUCCCCGCCAUCUUCUAUCCCUUCUCCCUCGCAAGAGGGACUCGUGAAUUUUCACGUGAUUCUAACCGACAUUUCUGCUAUCGCGCCGACGCUUUCUUUCUUUGUCCGUUAAGCUUGUUUGCUCGUAGAUCCGUCUUCUUUCGUCGAUAUUUAUUCCAUCUCCCACUCGCUCGUCGCUGAUUAGCGAUAUCGUUCAAAAAUUACGGCUUUUCGCUGCGAUUCUUAUUGGCGGAUUCUUUAAAAUGCUAAAGAGGCACUUGUUGCGUAAUAUCGAAUACCGUUUUUGCAUAGAUUGCGAAGAAUAAUCAAUACGAGUUGUAGCUCUGGAUAUCAAAUUUUAUACCUAUGUUUCCUACGCGACGUCAAUGUUCACACUGAAAAUACAAAGUGCUUAUUAGUAAACCGGUCUUAAUUGUCACUGUAAUUAACGACUACACUGUGUCAAAGUGCUGAUACAUAAUUUUAUAUAAAACUAAAAUUUUCUAACUACUUGUAGAGCGUUGUAUAAUUUUUAUUAUAAAAAUAUUUAAUUAAAGAGAAAUUAUAUUUUUUAUUCGAAAUCGAAAUUUAAACUGAUAAAAUCUGUCGUGACGGACGGAAUGAUAACUUCUUACACGGAUAUAUCAUUGAACCUCGCGCCAUGUGUCAAAUGGAAAUAUAUUAAUCCGUGACAAUUAAUAACGUUGUCUUUAGAUCGAAUUAGUAUACUGAUCGAUUUUAUCGAUAGUGCAAACGAAUUAUGAUUUACAUGUGGACUCUACAUUUUUCUUGGAAGAGACGACUUGGCGAUUAGUUACCUUACAUAUUUUAGAAAAAAUAUAUAUUUGUAUCAAAUAGUAAGUAGUAAAAAAAGCUAUCUUUGUGAGAUCGGAGUUUUUCUUAAUUAUCUACAUGUACAAGAGCUGUCAGAUCAUGAAUACAUCAAGUGAUGAUGAACAUUAUGAAUAUCAAAAGUAUCUUUAUAGAAAAAAAGAAUGGCCUGGUUACAAGAAAGUGGGUAAAUUCAAUGAUGUAGCAAUCUUAAUACAAGAGAUAUAUCGUCUGAUACCUUUUAUACAUGGAUCUUUUUAUAAGUUUCAUCCAUUGAAUAUGCCUUAUAUUAUGGUAGGACAAAUUGAGAUUGUAGGAAUUAUUAUAAAAGUUAUUAAGAAAAAGAUGUGUUAUGAUCUUAUUGUUAAUGAUGGAACUGGUGCUAUUACUGUAAUCAAAAAAAUACAUAACUUGGAAUCAGAACAAAAUGAGAGAAAAAGAAUAGAUGAGAAGCACAAGAGACUUGCAAAAGCUGCAUUUCUCGGUAAGAAAUGGCAGCGACACGAUAGCAUGACUGAGCCUUUACCAAUACGUUUUCCAAAAGUAAGACCAGAUAUUGAAUAUGAUUCCGAAAUUCCUUUACGAUACAGAGCUUACUUAGAACAUAAAUGGUAUGAAGAAGUUAAUCAUGGGUUAUUAGGAAAACCAAUCGAACUAUAUGACUAUGUACAUGUUAAAGGAUUCAUUCAAUUAAAUUUUGAACAGUAUCCAGCACCAGAGAAAGAAAUAUCAUUCGAAGAUAUUUGUGUAGCAAAUCCAUACAUCGUUGCAUCACGUGGUAAUUUCGAACUCAUCAACGAAUAUGACUACAAUAAAAAAAUGCUAGAAAUAAUGAAUAAUGUGAAGAAAAGAUAUAAAAGACCAGAGUAAUAUCGUAUUUUAUUUAAAUUUUAUUCUAUAAUGUAUAGACAAUUUUUCUAAAGAAAUCUGAUUGUAUAUUCUACUUAUUGUUUUUACCUGUACACAUUUUGUAGCUGUUAAAGAUGAAACUUAUUUGUUAUGCCUUAAAUGUUCAAUACUUCGUAACUGAUGGUUGUGUUAAUAUAGAAAUCGUUUCCUAUUAUUUAUUUUCCUAUUUAAGUAAUAUACGUAUGGUAUAAAAAAGUUGUAAUAAUAUGAAAGUAUCUUAUUAAAGAUAAAAACGGAACCGCGUUGUAAA